AUGAAAUUCCCCAGCAAUGACGAGUCCGACAUCAACCUGAGCAAAGAUGAGGAGGCGGCUAAGCCGCUGUCGCCGAAACUCGGAGACGACGUCGUCGACUGGGACGGCCCAAAUGACCCCAAGAACCCCCUCAACUGGUCUGGCAGCAAAGGGUUUGGUCAUGUCGUGAUUGUGGCCGCUCUGUCGAUGGUCGUAAAUAUCGCCUCGACCAUGGUCGCUCCGGCUAUGGAAGGCGUCUCAAGGGACCUGGAGAUCUCUAAUAUGACCCUGGCAACCUUAGCUGUCAGUAUCUAUCUGCUGGGAUUUGCAUUGGGUCCACUUGUCAUCUCUUCGCUCUCCGAGAUGUACGGGCGCCUGAUUGUCUAUCACGUAUGCAAUUCCAUCUUCGUCAUCUUCGUUGUGGCCUGUGCCCUGAGUCGCACUUCCGUUCAAUUUAUGGUCUUCCGGUUCAUAACUGGCUGCGCAGGAGCGGCACCGAUGUCCCUCGGUGGCGGAACAAUUGCUGAUGUUAUCCCGAUUGAGAAGCGUGGUGCGGCGGCGGCCUUGUUUGGCCUGGGCCCCCUUCUGGGACCAGUUCUGGGACCGGUAGUUGGUGGCUUUGUUGCCGAAGGAAAGGAUUGGCGAUGGACCUUUUGGGUGGUCGCGAUCCUCGGAGGAGCAGCGGGUAUUGGGGCAUUCAUCUUCAUGCGAGAAACGCAUCCUAAUACCCUUUUGGAACGCAAGGCCGCAUACUUGCGACACACAACCGGGAAUCCGCACCUCCGAUCUAAACUCGAUCGUGGCCUCACAAAACAGCAGAUCAUUGUUGCAGCCCUCGUACGCCCCACCAAACUUUUGAUAUUCUCGCCGAUUGUUCUUGUUUUGUCUAUCUACGUCGCUCUUAUAUUCGGCCUUCUUUACCUCCUCUUUGCCACCUUUAGCAUGGUCUUCGAAGGCCAGUAUAAAUUUAGCACCGGUAUCUCCGGUUUGGCAUACCUGGGCCUAGGUCUUGGCGAAUUGGUGGGGUUACUAACCUUCGGUAUCUUGAGCGACCGGCUCAUGAAGGCGAAGAUGACAGCGGACAAUGUCCAGGAAUCUAAGCCCGAGUAUCGGCUAGUUCUGAUGAUGUGGUUCCCCCCAGUCAUUGGGCCUGGCUUACUCAUUUACGGUUGGUCGGCAUAUUAUCAGGUGCAUUGGAUGGUCCCGAUUUUUGGGACAUUCAUCGUUGGAUUUGGGGCCUUCUUCGUUAUCAUGCCCUCACAGCUAUACCUAGUGGAUCUAUUCGGGUCAGAAGCGGCAGCAUCUGCGCUAGGUGCCAACAUUCUCCUCCGCUCCAUGUUUGGGGCCUUCUUGCCACUUGCUGGAUCGCACAUGUAUUCGACACUCAAUUACGGAUGGGGUAAUACGCUGCUAGGGUUCCUGGCAUUGGCAUUUGCGCCUGUGCCAAUGCUGAUUUAUCGAUAUGGAGAAUGGCUCCGCAGUCGGACGACAGUCACGCUUUAA